AUGGAGGACAACGGACCUAUACACAUUUACAACUUUCGAGUCAUUUUCAUGGUCUUGAUCGUUUCCCUUGGAGGUCUCAUCUUCGGAUUUGACACCGGUCAGAUUUCCGGCUUUUUGGCCAUGCCAGAUUUCUUGAAUCGCUUCAGUGAGAACGGAGAGUUCACCCCCGUGAGAGAAGGCACCAUUGUCGGUCUGUUGUCGAUUGGUACCCUCCUUGGUGCCAUUAUCGCUGCACCCAUUGCCGACAAGUUCGGCCGCCGCAUGUGUAUCCUUGUUGGAAACAUUGUUUUCUGGAUCGGCAUGAUUGUGCAGAUGUCAUCAACCCACCACUGGUACCAAGUGGCGAUCGGUCGUUGGGUUGCUGGACUCGGUGUUGGAGCGCUUUCUGUCCUGACCCCCAUGUAUAUGAGUGAAACUGCUCCCAAGAACAUCCGUGGUAGUAUGGUAUCGUGUUACCAACUCUUCAUCACCCUCGGUAUUUUACUCGCGGACGCUAUCAACCUCGGUACCAAGCACAUCGACGGCCCAGCUUCUUGGCGUAUCACCAUGGGCAUCGGUUUCGUCUGGUCUGGAAUCAUGGCUGGAGGUAUCUGGCUGCUCCCCGAAAGUCCUCGCUGGGAUUAUCGUCAAGGAAAGGUCGAGAAGGCCAGACAGACCAUCGCCAACGUCUAUGGUGCAUCGCAGAAUCACUCGGCUGUCAACAACGAGAUUAGGGAGAUCAAGGCCAAGUUCGACGUUGAGAAACAAGGUGGCAAUCACCCCUGGUACGAGGUUUUCACUGGUCCCCGCAUGGCCUACCGUGUACUCCUGGGUGCCGGCCUUCAAAUGUUCCAGCAACUCACUGGUGCCAACUUCUUCUUCUACUACGGCACAACCAUCUUUGAUUCCGUCGGAAUAAGCGACAGUUUCGUCACCGCCACAAUUCUCGGUGCUGUCAACUUUGUUUGUACCUUCGGUGGUCUUUGGGUCGUUGAGAACAUUGGACGCCGCAAGGCUCUCAUCUUCGGUGGCUUCUGGAUGUUUGCCAUGUUCAUGGUCUUUGCAAGUGUCGGACACUUCCAACUUCAGCCAAAACUUGACCAAGGUGGCAACGACAAGACUGCCGGAACCAUCAUGAUUGUUUUCGCUUGUUUGUUCAUCGCUGGCUACGCUAGUACUUGGGCUCCUAUAGUAUGGUGCAUCGUCGGUGAGCUGUACCCUACUCGCUACCGCGCAAAGGCUAUGGGUAUUGCCACUUCUUCCAACUGGAUCUGGAACUUCCUCAUCGCAUUCUUCACCCGCUUCAUCACCAACGACAUCGACUAUAUGUAUGGGUACGUGUUUGCAGCUUGCAACUUUGCCGGCGCCUUCGUAGCCUACUUCUUCCUCUGCGAACACCAAGGCCGUACUCUUGAGGAGAUCGACACAAUGUACAUCUUGCACGUGAAGCCUUGGAAGAGUUCCAGCUGGACACCGCCAGAGAACGAGGAACUGGUUACUGCAGAUGCUCUGGCUCUUACAUCAGGUGCUCGCGGUAUCAAGAAGGCAGAUGCCGCUGGUAUGGAGAGUGAGCGUAGAGUGGAGAACAUGCAAGUGCCGGCUGCUACUGCUACCCAUGGUAUCCAUGAUGUGUCAGGUACUGACUUUGUGCCUGAGAGCACGAGGGCUGCUGAUGGCCGUCCUCCGAACAUUGGACAGUAA